GGAUGGAGCCACGCGGCGUGGGAAAGCUCUGCGGGGAGCGGGGAUGGAGCCGAGAGGGCGCCCAGCCUUGGAGAAAAAAUGCUGUCUGUGGGGGCCGGGAGGCUGUUCAUCGCUUGGGGGGACCGGGACGCGUGUGAAAAAUGCUGGGUUUGCCGCAGUGCUCCAUUUCGGAAGGUUUUUAGAUGCAAAACCUGCUUCUGUGGCUACAGCUGGUUUGUGUUGAAAUUGUGAACGGCUCAACGCGUCCCAUCCCGAAGGGAUGCAGAUGGUGUGGGGCGCAGCGGGCGGGACGGCUGCCCUCGGGAUCACCCCGGGCCACCCAGCUCCUGGGCUGGGGCAGGAGGAAACCAGCAUGGGCAGGGAAGCUUAGCGGAGGGCGAGGAGAGGGACCCUUCCCGAUGCCUGAGUCGGGACAGGUCGCUGGUGACCCUGCCCCGGAGGCGGCCCGAGGUGGCCGGGUGCCAAGAGCCGUAAGGGGCAGGGUGGGGCGAUCCCGGCAUCGCCUCCUGCCCCGGCAAACAGCUUGUCAGCAGUCAUCGCUGAAACUUAAACAAACCACAGACCUGGCCACUGGCACGGUGCGGCCGGACCCUGCCGCAGCCGUGGGCGCAGAGAGGUGUCAGAGGACAGGGGCAGGCUGGGUGGUCCCGUGCACCGACGACACCAACAGCUCCUCCCGGUGCCAAGGUGUCUACAGGAGCUGCUGCGAUGGAGCUGGGGAACAUCUCGAAGCCCACGUACGGCCCUGGCCCGGAGGCGCCGGGGAGCAGCACGCCGGGGCUGGUGACAAUGGCACACGGCUUCCUGCGGCUGGUGCAGCCCAACCCCCUGCCCAUAGGGCUGGUGGUGUCUGUGCCCUCAUCAGCAAUGCCCGCUUCUCCCAGGCUGUGAAGAGCACCUUCCCCAAUGUGAACAGCACUCUGCAUGACGUCCACACCUACGCGGCCUCCAUCCCCCAGCAAGUCGAUUUUAUCAUCAGCAGGAGCGAUGUCCCGCUGGACUAUGCCAACCACAGCCUCCAGGACAUUGGGCCCAACUUGGGCGCUAUGAUCACCUCGCGCAUCAGGAGCAGCAUGGACGGGGCUCUGGGAUCUCUCCAGAACCUUUUGCAAGGGGUGGAGACACUGAAGGACACCUUUGGCAACAUUGCCAUCAGUCGCUCAGACCUCGAGGAGCUGCAGGGCAACUACAGCCAGCGGUUGAUCAGCCUGCAGGACAAGCUCAACCACACCCUGCAGAACUGUGGCCUCCCCUGCAGCCAUGUGUCCCUGGAUGGGCUCACCUUCACUGCCAACUUCAGCACGAUCCCAGGUGUGGAGCAGCAGCUGGAGGCCCUGCAUGAGGUCUCUGACUCAAACAUAGAGACUGAUUUAGAGGAGGUUAACAGAACACUGGAGAUGAUCCCUGACAAGGUGCAAGAGCAGUCCCAGGAAGUGGUGGCAAAGAGCCAGGACCAGCUGGGCCUCAUCAGGCAGGAGAUCAGAAGCUUGCAGGAAGAGUUGCCGCUCCUGGAUGUGGAGGAGAAAGUUGAGGCCUUUGUGAAUGAUACCACAUCAGUGCUGGAGGAGUACAGGGAGCCAGUCAUUGCCUGGGAUGGGCUCAGGUUGAUUGUGUGUACCCUUCUGUGCUGCACAGUGCUGCUGGUGGUCCUCUGCAAUGUUUUAGGGCUGCUGCUGGGGCCCCUGGGGCUGAAGGAAGGUGUGCUGCCCACACAGCGCAGCAGCCUCUCCGAUGCUGGCGGGAACUUCUUCAUGGCAGGGGUUGGCUUCAGUUUCAUCUUCUUCUGGCUGCUCAUGCUGCUGGUGAUGAUCAUCUUCGUGCUGGGGGGCAACAUUUACAUGCUGUUCUGUGAGUCCUGGCGCAACCAGCAGCUCUUCCAGCUCCUGGACACCCCUGGUGUGAUCCCAAACUUCAAUCUCUCAGAGCUGCUGGGCCUGAAGGGUGACACGGCAAACUUCUCAGAGAUAUACAGGCAGUGCCAGCAAGAUGCUUCCCUGUGGCAAACUCUGCACUUAGACCAGAGCAUGUCCCUGGAUGAGCUCUUGAAUAUCAGCCAGUACACAGGAAACAUCUCCACAGUUUUCGAGAAGAUGAACAUCACCCUAAGCCCCAUCUUCCUGCUCAGCCAGAGCCAGAAAGACCUGCUGCUGAAUGCCAGUCGGGCCGGACAGCCCCCCAACUUCACCCUCACCCUGGAGCAGCUGGAUCAGAAUAUGACCCAGGGAAGCCUCCUGGAUCUGGCUGCAGAGUUGGAGCAGCUGGCAGAAGAAGCGGGCGCGGAUGAGAAGGUGGCCCUGGAAGAUAACGCUCGGGAACUGAGGGAGCUGGAAAAGGAGAUGCAGGCGAGCUUCUCUGGGCCACUGCAAAGUCUGAAGGAGAACAUCCACUCAGUGCAGCGUGGGGCUGCCCAGCUAGAGGGACAGACAACAGCUGCGCUGGACAAAGCCAGCAAAACCCAGGAGUUCCUGGAGAGGGAGACACCAAACAUCAUCAAGAAUGAGACAUGGGCCUUCCUGGAGCAGCUGUUGGAUUUCUUUGAAACCUACAUUUCAUGGGCCAAGAGCAGGGUGACAGAAGAUGUGGCACGUUGCAAGCCCAUAGCUCAGUCCUUGGAUAAUGUGGAGGCCAUUGGCUGUGACUAUAUCAUGGACUCUGUGAAUGCCUUCUGGUUCAGCCUGGGCUGGUGCACCUUGUUCCUGCUGCCCAGCAUCAUCCUGGCUGUCAGACUUGCCAAGUUUUACCGCCGCAUGGAUAUUGCUGAUGUGUACAGGAAUGAAGACUUUGAGAUGCCACCAACAUUCUACUCCUACAAAAUCCCCAGGCCUUCUACAAGGCAUUAACUCCCAUCACCCACAGAUGGAGGAGGAAAUGGACAGACCCCCUCACUUGAAAAAUGUGAUUAUUUAUUUUUGCAGGGAGCCUACCUCUUUCCAAGGCUGUAAUUUUUGGUGUCAAACAAUAAAUGGUGUGUUUGUGUGCAGUG